GUAAAAAGAAAACAAAAUAAACUUUAAAGGUUGCAAUUAAAAUUCCCGGUGUCACCGAAGCAAUGUCCAGAAUUUUGACGCUAAAGAGUGCCUCGUUGGCAGUGUUCAGAUCAUUCCACUACACCAAACAUCUAUCCGUUACCACAUCGGUCUCCGAUGCUCUCCAGCACGAGCAAACCCAAAGCUACAUCCACCAUAUAGGCAAAGAGCCACUAGUGUAUCGAAAUGUGGGUCAACAUCUGCGGCUAGCGGCCGAAAAGUAUCUCAACAAUGAAGCGAUCGUAUCCUGCCAUGAGAACAAGAGGCUCACCUAUUCCGAAGUGCUCGAAAAGGUAGAUCGCCUGGCUGCUUCCUUCUAUCAGCUGGGACUGCAGAAGGGCGACCGUAUCGGAAUCUGGGCUCCCAAUGGAACGCAAUUCUACCUUUCUACGCUCGCUGCCGCACGUGCUGGAAUGAUCUCGGUUGUAAUCAACCCUGCCUACCAGGUGCCAGAGAUCGAAUAUGCUCUGAAGAAAGUGGGAGUUAAAGCGAUCAUCGCAAACGAACGCUACCGAAACCAGCAGUAUUACAAAAUGUUAGCGCAGCUUGCACCAGAAUUGGAGCAUUGCAAGUUAGGCCAGUUGAAUAGUUCCCGGUUGCCUUCAUUGUCAGCGGUAAUAAUCGACAGCGACCAACAAAAUGCCAAACUACCCGGUGCCAUCCAAUUCCAAGAUCUACUACGCCUUCCGUCCGAAACGGAACUGUCCACGAUUGAUGCCCUCCAAAGUAAAAUUUCCCCGGAUAGCGGGGUGAACAUUCAGUUUACUUCAGGAACGACGGGUCAACCGAAGGCGGCCCUAAUGUCCCACUUCGGGUUCGUUAACAAUGCACUCCAGAUAAGUCGACGGAACGAAUUCGAUACGAAAGAUCACCGUAUCUGCGUUCAAACGCCCUUUUUUCACGUGUUUGGCAUGGUGAUCGGUAUUGUGGCGUCGAUGACCUACGGGACCACGAUGGUCCUACCGGGACCUGGUUUCAAAGCGGCCGAGUCUCUUGAGGCUAUCAUCAAGGAGAGAUGUUCAGUAAUCUACGGAACACCUACCAUGUAUGUUGAUCUCGUUCGUCAGCUACGAGAGGGUAGUCUCAAGUUACCACCGAUUGAUUUGGCUGUUACGGGAGGUGCUACUUGUUCACCGAAACUAUUUCUGGAUAUUCAGGAAACAUUGGGUGUGCGACAAGUCAAAACAGUAUUCGGAAUGACGGAAGCUUCGGCAGUGAUUUUUCAGUCAUUAUUUAACGAAUCCAAGGAAAAUGUAUUGCAGACCGUUGGUCAUCUAAUGGAUCACUACGAAGCAAAAGUCGUGGACGAAAAUGGCAACACGGUCCCACUGGGAGCAUCCGGCGAGCUAUGGGUUCGAGGUUAUGGUACCAUGCUUGGAUACUGGGGUGAUGAGUUAAAAUCAAAAGAAACUAUUGGCCCCGAUAGAUGGUUGCGAACUGGCGACCAGUUCCAGCUGAGACAGGAUGGCUAUGGUCAAAUCGUUGGUAGAAUUAAGGAGAUGGUCAUCCGAGGUGGGGAAAAUAUCUACCCUAGAGAGAUAGAAGACUUUUUGAACACGCAUUCGAAGAUUCUCGAAACGCACUGCAUCGGUGUUCCGGAUGAACGAAUGGGAGAGGAAAUCUGCGCUUACGUUCGACUGAGAGAUUCAUCGCAAACGAUGGAUCAUGCUGAAAUGAAAGAAUACUGCAAAGGGAAAAUCUCGCACUUCAAAGUGCCAAGGUAUCUGCGAAUAGUGGAAGAUUUUCCCAAGACAACAUCCGGAAAAAUACAGAAGUUCAAACUGGUGGAAAUUUUUAAGAAUGAAGUUGGUAUUAAUCCAGCUUUUCAGGUUCCGGAGGUGGAAUACUCUCUCAACAAAGUUGGUGUCAAAGCGCUAAUAUCAGCCGAACGUCAUCGGAAACAAAAUUAUUUCGAAAUGCUUGAGCACCUUGCUCCUGAGCUGCGUUCCUGCUCCACGGGUCAACUAAAAUGUAGCCGGUUACCUUCCCUUAAAACUGUCAUCAUUGACAGUGAAAGCGGCAACAAACUUCAAGGAGCAAUUUCCAUCGAAGAGCUGCUAAACCUUUCUUCAGAACAGAACACCUCGCAGAUAGAGUCUCUCCAGGCAAAAAUAUCACCAGACUGCGGAGUAAAUCUGCAGUUUACCUCCGGAACCACGGGUCAACCGAAGGCCGCGUUGAUGUCACACUACGGUUUUGUCAACAAUGGAAUCCAUAUCGCACGACGCAACGAAUUCGAUCGGAAACCGCAUCGAAUCUGUUUGCAGGUUCCACUGUUUCACGCUUACGCAACGGUGAUUGGUGUUACGGCAGCAAUGACUUUUGGUACAACUAUCGUGCUACCCGGAGCUGGGUACAGUCCUUUGGAAUCCAUCGAAUCUAUUGUUAAAGAGAAAUGCACGACAAUUUACGGAACACCUACGAUGUACGUCGAUUUGACCAACAAAGUUCGGGAAAAGAAGCUAAAACUACCCCCGGUGGAUCUGGCCGUAACGGGAGGGGCAACCUGUUCACCGAAACUUUUCAUGGACAUAAUGGAGGUGCUUGGAGUUCAUAAGGUUAAAACCGUUUUCGGCAUGACAGAAGCUUCCGCGGUUCUGUUUCAAUCGUUAUUCGACGACAGCAAAGAGAACAUUCUGGAAACGGUGGGUCACAUGACAGACCACUACGAAGCAAAAGUCGUGGAUCGAGACGGUAAUACCGUUCCGUUCGGAACGGCCGGUGAACUGUGGGUUCGAGGCUACGGUACAAUGUUGGGCUACUGGGAGGAUGAGCGACGUUCGAAGGAAAUAGUCGACGUUGAUAGGUGGCUGCGAACAGGUGAUCAAUUUGUAUUGAGACCCGAUGGUUAUGGGAAGAUCGUCGGUAGGAUCAAGGAGAUGAUUAUACGAGGAGGAGAGAAUAUAUUCCCGAAGGAGAUAGAAGAUUUCUUGAACACUCAUCCUAAGAUUUUGGAAACGCACUGCAUUGGCGUGUCGGAUGAUCGAAUGGGUGAGGAAAUUUGCGCCUAUAUCAGGCUGAAAGAACCCUCGCAAACGUUAGACCAGGCGGAAGUGAAAGAAUUUUGUAAAGGUAAAAUAGCUCACUUCAAGGUUCCCAAGUUUGUACGGGUUGUGCAAGAAUAUCCGAAAACUACGUCGGGAAAGGUGCAAAAGUUUAUGCUUGCGGAGAUCUUUCAAAAUGAAAUGAAAUAUGAAAAAUGA